AAAAAGGGAACACUAAAAAAGCUUAGUAUUCAAGAGCUAUUGAAAAAAUAACCUUUAUUCACGGUUUUCUCGAAACUUAUUAUUCUAACUUUCAUGGUGAAUAUCUCCUGUUUUUUUUGUAAUAUAGAACUGAAACUUUGCACACUUGUUGUAUGGAUACAUAUGUAUAAAGUUACAGGACGAUUUUGUAAAAAAAAGAAUUAUGCGACUUGCAAAAAAAAUCACAAAUAAUUAUUAAAAAAAAUAUAUAGGCUACUUUUUUCAACUGACAUUUUUAGCAUAUUUUUGGAGUGAUAUGAAAAUUUUCGUCCUGUAACUUCAUUCCUGAAUGUCUUCAGAAUAAGUUGGAAUAAAUAUCUCAUCAAAGAAAGGAAUCUUUGAUUUUAAAUAAAAUUUAAUAUGACCGCAUAUAAAAACAAUUAAAAUAUAUACUAUUUAUGACCCAAAAGUUAUGAAACUUGGCCAGAAUAUGUAAAUCCUCAUGAGAAACACAAUGGUUAUAAGAGUUAAGCUCUAAAUACAGCCUGUUAAAAAUUGGAAUCGUCACCGUGGUAUCCCCUAAUUACUCACGUUCCUUACAGGCGAGAUUCGCUGUCUUCGACUUUCUCAGAGACCGGCCUUGGAGCUGCAUGACAGUGCUAUCGAAAUGGAUCGUCCCGAUGUCAUCUCUGACAGCCGCUGAGAAAGAUUUAACUAAAGAUUUCAACAAGGAGGAGGCUGAUGCUCCUUACGUGUGCUGGUAUCCGCCGCCAGAGGAUUCUGAUUACACACGAAUCAGGAAACUCGUCAUAGUGGACAGCAACAGAGGAGAACAUUGGGUCCUUCUACUCGGACGCCUGCGUGGUCGAUACACCACUUAUGAACAGUGCGAAUACCUCGUCGCAAACAUAAUACUCACAAGUGAUUGUGAACAAGAAGCUACUGCAGAUGAUGGCAAGCGACAUGCAGCUGAUGGCUCUGUCAAGAGAAAAGCACAGUCUACCGUACAGAUCUCAUCAAAUCGAAAGAAAGUUAAGGAAAGGACGCGUGAAGCCGAUACUGAAAAAUCGGCUACGUCAGAAAAGACUGCACGUCCACGUACAAGUGAAACAGCUGAUGGUGCAGCUUCACGAAAGUCGCAUGGUACCAGCAGGGUAGACAAAGAGGUAGUCAACAAAUCUAAACCGUUGGCAAGCACUCAUAACGUCGUAGCCAGCACCAGUUCUGGUGGGAAGCCUAGAUACUCUCUCUUCGACUUUCUAAGACUACGGCCUCAGAGCACCCUGACAGUGCUAUCAAAAUGGAUCGUUAAGAAGUCAUCUUUGAAAGGCAAAGAAAAAGAGUUAAUUCAGGACUUCAACAAGAAGGAGGCAGAUUGUUCAUUUGUGUGCUGGUAUCCGCCGCAGCAGGAUUAUGAUUGCAAACGAAUCGCCACACUCGUCAUAAACGACAGCAACCCUGGACCACAUUGGCUGCCUGAACCAGGAGUCAUCUUUGGCCAAUACAAAACUUAUGAGGAGUGCCAACACGUCGUCGACGAAAUGGUAUCAAGUGAAAAUGUCGAAAGUCAGGCUUUGGCGAUGUUGCGGCAAUGUGAUAAGGAACAAAAAAGGAGGCCUGUUACAGCUCACGAAACUGCAAAGAAAAUACAUACGGAGGCCCCGCUUGGUGCUACAGAGGUAGACGAGAGGCCGGUCGUCAGAUCACCUCUGGCCAUUUCUCGGCCCGAGAGGGAGGACGUCGUCAGAUCACGUCCCCUGGCCAGUUCUCCGACCGAGAGGGACCUGGUCGUCAGAUCACCUAUGGCCAGUUCUACGGCCGAGAGGGAGGUCGUCAGAUUACCUCUGGCCAGUUCUCAAGAUGUCAACAGAGCUGAAGGCAGACGAGACGCCAUUGACGUCUUUAGAGCAGAUACACCCAGUACGUCUGAUGAAGAACCCAGUGACGUACAAGUCCUGCCCGAGAAACAGCUGCCACAACAAAUACAAGAAAUUUUGAAUGUCGUACUAAAACAUGUAAGCAAAAAAUUUGAGGAAGUAAGCAAAAAAUUUGAGGAAGUGAAAACUUCUGUGGAUAACCUUCAGAAACAGCUGCAACCAGUACUUCCAGGACCUUCGCAGCGGGUGACUGACGGUGAGACACCUCUCCCUACCGGAUUUGUGCCUGUCCUUCCAAAGGACCCCUAUGAAGUGCUAACAUACUUCGGUUUUCCUGCUAGCACACCCGACAGUCUCGUAUCAAAACACAGGCACUACUUUCUUGGCAAUGCAUCGACAGAGCCAAUGAGAACUCACCGGUUGGCACUGAGGAAGGCAUUAGUUCAGCUAUGCCCGUUGCCCAAGCCUCAGUCGGGAAAAAUUGGCUGA